UGCAAACAGGGAAUGGCACGAGGCCAACUACGGAUAACAACGAAUGUCGAAAAAACCGCCAAACUUCAUUCACAAAAUCCUACAAAAACAAUCCAAAAAGAUAUAUGUACAUAUGCAAUAUCACAGAGACGAAUUUGGAGAGCUGAGCAAGUCAACAUUUAGGAGAGUGACAGAGAGAAAUUUUAAAAGAAACACAAUUUUAGACUCCGCGUCAUUUAGUGACUUGUUAUUUUGUUAUUACGCUCUAAAACCAGAAAAUAAACGGUGCAAAAACGAAAUUAAAUUGUAUUUUGACAGUAAAGCGUUUCGGUUACAGCUCAAGCACGUUAAUUAAAAAAUCCCAUAAUUAUCUCCGGUUUUAUUAAAUAAAUCCGUUAAUAAAGAAAUAGCACCACCCAAGGCAACUACCCUCCAAUGUGGGUUUUUACUUUUGAUGGAAAAGCCCUUGAAAUUCCCGAAUCAAUAUCAGGACGAUAUUGUGUUAAAUACAAAAUGGUAACGGAGCUUGGGCUUAAUAGCACUGGUGAGGAAACCUGUCCGUUGGACUUUGACUACGUAUCACCCUACUCCCGCGAUCCACUUUCACCGCAGCCAAUCCCACGCCGACACACUACACCGCGGCAUAAUCUCCAAGCGAGGCUACCAAAACUCGGAACCCCACGAAACCGGCAGUCUUAUCAAGGUGCCCAUGCCGCUCAACAGUUGGUCGGUCGGUCGGUGGUGCGAUCUUCCUCACUCGUCGACGGACUCGAACUGCGAUCGUUGAUUGCUAGCGUCGCGUUCCGGAGAUCGGAGAUCGCAGCAGGCACUCGCAGUGCGAGACGCGAUCCGCUGCCCUACACAUCGCGUAACUGCUCGAAGCGUCGUGGGUAA